ACGGGGGCAGAGAACCAGAGCCUGACGAAGCCUCUCGACCUGCACAGCCUGGGGACGAAGCGGUAGCGAGAGCGUCCUGGCCAUCCCUGUCCCGCUCCACCUCCAAAGGGUAAAGCCAAACGCAGGGUAUUGGUUCUGGCAGAAGGGUCACUAUGACCACAGAAUUCCUCUCCCUGCUUUGCCUCGGGCUGUGUCUGGGCUAUGAAGGUGACAAAGAGAACGAGAAACCGUCCAAGCCCUCCCUCCACGCCUGGCCCAGCUUGGUGGCUGAAGCCGAGAGCAACGUGACCCUGAAGUGUCGGGCUCCUUCCCAGAAUGUGACAUUCACGCUGCGCAAGGUGAACGACUCUGCGUACCAGCGCAAACAGAGCUCGGCAGGAAACGAAGCUGAAUUCCCGUUCACGGACUUGAAGCCUGAGGAUGCUGGGAGGUACUUUUGUGCCUACAAGACAGCAGUCUCCCAUGAGUGGUCAGAAGGCAGUGAGCCCUUGCAGCUGGUGGUCACAGAUAAACACGAUGAACUUGAAGCUCCCUCAAUGAAAACAGUGCAUUUCAGGAGCCAGGCUGCUUCCCUGACCUGCUCUUCCUCUCUAGACACCAGAAGCAUCUUUGUCAGCAUCUUCAGCUGCAUCUCCAUCCUUCUCCUCUUCGUCUUAGUCAUCGUCAUCUACAGAUGCAGCCAGAAUGGUUCAUCACCUGAAGAAUCCACCAAGAGAACCAGUCAUUCCAAACUUCCAGAGCAAGAGGCUGCUGAUACAGAUUUAUUCAAGAUGGAAAGGGUAUAUCUCUCGACCACAGACCCCCAAGGAGUGACCUAUGCUGAGCUAAGCACCAACGCCCUGUCUGAGGCAGCUGCUGACACCACCCUGGAGCCCCCAGGAUCACAUGAAUAUGUGGUACUGAAAGUAUAGCAAGAAGACAGCACAGGCCACCAAAGGAGCGGGGACUGUGCCGGCUGAGGUAUCGAAAACGUGGAGAUGUGGAUGACUGUGUGUCCCUUGCUUCUCGUCCAUAUCAAUAAAAUUAAGUUUCUCAUCU